CAGAGCUGUAAUCUCACUGCUCAGUCUUGUGAGAGUUUGUCUUCAGCUCUACAAUCCUUAAACUGUGUCCUGAGAGAGCUGGACCUGAGUAGCAAUGACCUGCAGGAUUCAGGAGUGAAGCUUCUCUCUGAUGGACUGAAGAGUCCAAACUGUAAACUGGAGACACUGAGAUUGUCUGGCUGUAUGGUGACAGAGGAAGGCUGUGGUUUUCUGUCUUCAGCUCUGAGUUCAAACCCCUCACACCUGAGAGAGCUGGAUCUGAGCUACAAUCAUCCAGGAGAUUCAGGAGUCAAGCUGCUCUCUGAAAAACUGGAGGAUCCAAACUACACACUGGACAAACUCAAUCUGGAUCAUGGAGGAGACAUGAGGAUCACAGCAGGACCACGCAAAUAUGCCUGUUUCCUCACUCUGGAUCCAAACACAUUAUACACUUGUCUCAUUCUGUCUGAGGAGAACAGAGAGGUGAAGAGUAUGGGAAAGCGUCUGCCGUAUCCUAAUCAUCCAGACAGAUUUGAAGGUCUUUAUCCUCAGGUGUUGUGCAGAGAGAGUGUGCGUGGACGAUGUUACUGGGAGAUUGACUGGAGUGGAGAUAAUCGUGUGUGUAUAGCAGUGUCAUAUAAGAGCAUAAAGAGAAAGGGAAUAAUUGAUGAGUGUUGGUUUGGACGUAAUGCUCAGUCCUGGAGUUUGUGCUGCUUUUCCUCCAGUUUCAUAUUCUGGCACAAUUACACACACACUGAUCUCCCAGUGAAACCGCUCAGCAGGAGAAUAGGAGUGUUUGUGGAUCACAGUGCAGGGACUCUGAUCUUCUACAAUAUCUAUAGAGACACAAUGAGCCUCAUCCACUCAGUCCAGACCACAUUCACUGAGCCGCUCUGUGCUGGAUUUUGUGUUUGGUGUGGAUCAUCAGUAAAACUGUGCUGAAUACUGAGAAGGAGCAGUCAGUAGAUGUGUGUGUGUGUGUGUGUGUGUGUGUGUUUGCACAUGCAUGCAUGUUCACUGCUGUGUACGUGUGUGUUAUGCGCAUGUGUUCACUGUUGUUUGUGUGUGUGUGUGUGUGUGUGUGAGUGUGUGAAAGACAGAGAGAGAGAGAGAGAGAGUGUUUCUGUUUAAGUGUGUGGGAUUUUUUUUUUACAAAAAUACUUUAUUACAUCAUUUUUCAUUUCACACAUUGUAACUCCACAGCAGAUCUAACAGCAGCUCUCCUUCCUCCACAUUCCAGACAGCGUCCUUAUAACACCACAGUUGUUCAAAGGUUUCAGCAUCAUUUAUGGCCUUGUAAAACUUCAAAUCUAUUGUAAUUCUGGACCUCACGAACACUUUAAAACUCUAAAUCUCUUGAGCAUUGUAGUGUCUGAUUGGUCCGAUGACAUUAAUCAUAUGAGACACAAAAAAUCACUGAUGUAUUCUGAUAUUCCUAGGCGUACAAGCACAACUCUUAAUGAUGAAGCCAAGCAUAAGAGAAAGGAGAGGUUUCUCCAACAGAGGGCGCACCGAACCAACAAACCAGCUAAAGGAACUUUCGCUGACCUCUCUGGUCAAUUUACACACAUGAAUCUAAGUGCAUAAAUGUGUAGGCACACUAUAUAUUCAGGCUGAUAAUUAAACUGCCUAAACAUUAAGUUAUGUUUUAUAAUGUACUGGGAUUACUAUAUAUCUGCCUCCCUAAAGGGUUUCCCUACUGUUCAAAUUCUACCGUUUAAUUUGGUUAUGCACCUGUGUUUAUAGAUGAUUUAUGAACACCUGUCUCCCAACACAGUUUCAGAGUUGAUCUUUAUCUAUGCAUGGCUAUAAAAGCUGAAAUGUACAAAUCAGCUUUGCGCUUUCUGACUUCUGUAUACUGAAUGUCUUAGGCCCUUUAUUCUCAACGGAGAAUAAAGUAAGGAUUUUGUUUCUCUAAUUUGUAUCUUUGUUUAUUCUACUUUUUCCCUGGAUUUUACUUUAUUAAUAAAAGUAUAUUUUAUUACUUUUC